AUGUCAUCAGAAGACAAAAUUGAAGAAACUACUGAACAACAACAACAACCAGUUCCUGUUAAGGAGCUUUUGUUGAAAAUUCAAUUACCAGAAUUUUUCAAUGCUAAAGAAGAAUUAGUUGUUCCUUCAAAUGUUGAAGAAAAUAUUGCUGAUUUGAAACAAGCUUUGAAUUUAGUCGUUGUUACUAGAAACUUGACCAAUUAUUCAAUCUUGAUUAAAGGUAUUGAUAUUAUUGAAAAUUUCGGAGAUAUGAUUACUUUUGAACAAAUUAUUGAAGCUUUGGAAUUGGGUGAUGUUGACGAAAUUAAAAUCGUUCUUAGAGAAAAAGCUUAUAAUUUAGCUACUGUUUAUGAACAAAUUACUAGAUUUAGAGAAGUUAUUGGUUUACAUUAUGUCGAUAGACUUUCAACUGAUGUUGGAACUUCUGGUGGUGUUUCUAGAUUCAAUGGUAUUGAAUUGGAUGACGUUAAAGCUAAAGAAGAAAAGAAAGAAGAACCAAAGAAAGAACGUGAAGAAGAAAAAGAAACUAAAGAAAAUGAAGUUUCUAUUUCUCAAGAAGAAGUUUCUAAAAUUACUGAAUUUGCUAAAAAUUUUACUACUGAUUCAUUUAAUGGUGAUUUCAAAUCCAUUACUAAAUUUGAUGAUGUUAAUGAUAAAGUCAAGAUUCCAAUCAAAUCUUUAACUAUUUCUCAAUGGUCUCCAGUUCCAGCAUUCCAACAAUCUAAAGGUGAUUUAUUAUAUUUAUCAUUACAAACUUUAGAACAUGAAACUUUUAACAUUACUUGUCAUUUUACCGGUUUUUUUGUAAACAAAUCAUCAACUAUUAAUUUUAAUCCAGAAAUGAAAGUUAAUGAAAAAGGUAAAUUUUAUGAAUCUUAUUUAUUAUAUGAUUUAGUUUCUCAAUUAUCUCCAUUAUUCAGUAAAACUUCUAUUGAAAACGAAGUUAAAUUAUCUGAAUCUACUGCUUAUCCAGAAACUUAUUUAUUACCAGGUAAUUCAUUCCCAGCCUAUCCAUGGUUAGUCGAUGAAUCUAAUUGUAAGAAUAUUCCAGAUUUGUCUAGAUCUCAAUUGCCUACUAUCACUAAUGGUGUUGAUGGGUCUGACUAUAUCAAGGAAUGGAAUAAUGAUAUUCAAUCAAUCAAAGAAUUACCAGCUACCACUAUUCAAGAACGUAUUAUUCGUGAUAAAUUGAUUCAAAAAUCAUUAUUUGAAUUCAAUAAAACCGCCACUGAAACUGCUAUUAAUAUCAUCAAGGGUAAUUUAACUCCAUUGAAUCCAGAUGAAAGUACUGAUAAAUAUAUCUAUUUGAAGAAUGGUAUUUUCUAUUCUACUGGUACUUCUACUGUUGAUGGAUUUGAAUCUACUGGUGGUGAAGAAGCUGCAAGAUAUGUUUCUUCUAAAGAUUUAUCAGCUAUCAAGUUAAUUAAUCGUCAUGAUGUUAGAGGUAUUUCAAGUUUGGUUACUUGUAUUGUUGAUUACAUGGGUAAAAGAAUCGUUUGUCAAGCUCCAGUUCCAGGUAUUUUAGACAACACUGUUGCUGUUGAAGGUGUCAACAACGAAGAAGAAGAAGAAGCUCCAGUUGAAAAAGUUGUUUAUGGUUUGUCAAGUGAUGGUAGUAAAAUUCUUGAAGAAAAAUCAUUUGAAGAACCAUUGAAACAAAUUGGAGAACUUUUCCAUUUAAAACCUCAUCAAGUUCAAUUAAAUGAAGAAGUCAAAUCUCAAUCAUCUUUAGUUGUUUCUAAAGAUACUAAAGGUUUGAAAGGUACUGAUGGUAGAAAAUAUGUUAUUGAUUUAUAUCGUACCACACCACGUGAUAUUGAAUUUAUUGAAGAAAAUUUCAAAUUGGAAGGUGAAAAUUCAUAUCCUCAUGGUGAAGCAUUAAUUAGGCAUGAAGCUGUUAAUGAAUGGUGGAGACGUAAAGUUGCUGCUUUAUUUAAAGAAGAAACUGAAAAAUUGGAAAAAGAAGGUAAAUUAUCUAAAGAAGAAGGAGAUGAAAAACCACAAAUUGCUAUUCCAACAGAUCAAGUUGUUUUUAACCCUGAUUCAUUUUCAAAUGAUUUUGAAUCCAAUGAAGAUCGUGAUGAAGUUAGAGAAAUUUCUAAAUUUGUUAAAGAUAAAUUAAUUGAAGAAUUUUUGGAUGAAAUUAAAGAUCAAGCUAUUCCAUUCGAAGGUAAACAAUUAACUGAAACUUUACACAGAAGUGGUAUCAAUAUGAGAUAUUUGGGUUUCAUUGCUGAUAAGAUCAUUUCUAGAAGAGAACAAUUUUUAGCUGAAACUGAAGAACUUAUUAAAGCUAACGAAGCUGCUGCCGAGAAGAAGCAAAAGGAAGAAGAAGAAAAGGCCAAACAAGAAGCUGAAAAGGCUAAAGAAGAUACCGAAAAGGGUGAAAAGAAGGAAGAUGAUAAGGAAGUGAAAUCAGAAGAAGAAGAAGAAGAAGAAACUCCUACUAAAGCUACUUAUCAAUUAUCUUUAGCUAGUUACAGCACUCUUUACAGAGUUGUUGUUCAAGAAAUGAUUGCUAGAGCUUCUAAACAUGUUUUGAGAGAUUUAACCAAGAAUGUUUCUGAUUAUUUGAUUCCUUAUGUUGUUGCUCAUUUCCAUAAUUGUUUAUUGGGAGGUGACAUUAAUCAAACUCCAUCUGUUGAUAUCCCACAUAAGAACUUCUAUUCUGAAUCAGAAUUGGAAUUUACUAAACUUGAACAUAAAGAUAUCUUACAAUUGCUUUCUCAACAAGUUUUUAUUCGUUUCAGAUUCACUUUGCCAGAAAAUUGGAUCUCCGAAUCUGUCAGUUUACCUGCAUUAUUUAGAGAAAUUGCUGUUAAAUAUGGUAUUCAAUGGAAAUCAUCUCAUUAUGUCUUUACUAAAGAUCAAUUUGAUGCUCAAAAUGAACAAAUUAAAAUCCAAGUCAUUGAAACCAAAUCUUCAUCCAAGAAAUCUAAAAAGAAAUCUUCCACUUUUAUGGUUACUGAAAAAUCAAUUCCACGUACUUCAAUCUUUGUUGCUGAUGAUAUUGUUUCAUUUAUUCCACUUAUUAAAGAUUCAAGUUAUAGAAGUACAGUUGUUGAAGAAAUUUUCUCAACUGCUAGAUCUCAUUUAGUUUCAGGUAAUACUGAAAUGGGUAUUACUUUAUUUAAUGAAUUGCUUGCUAUUAAUGAAUCUAUUUAUGGUAGAGUUAAUCCAGAAACAGCUAAAUUUUAUAAUUUAGUUGCUCAAGCAUAUCAAGAAGUUGGUCAUAAUGUUGAAGCUGCUUUACUUGGACGUAAAGCAAUCAUUUUAUCUGAAAGAUCAUGUGGAUUUGAUUCUCAUGAAACUAUUACUUCUUAUAUGAAUGCUGCAUUCUAUGAAGCUAAUAAUGAACAAUAUUUAAAUUCAUUUAAAUUAUAUAAACAAGCUAUGAAUAUUUGGUCUGAAAUUUAUGGUAAAGAUCAUCCUACUUUAAUUAAUACUUUAACUAAUUUAGGUGAAUCAUUAAUGAAAAUUAAAGCAUUUGAUUCAGCAAUUGAAUUAUUAAAAGAAGCUUUAAGAUUAACUGAAUCAUUAAAUGGAGAAAUUUCAGAAGUUUCUGGAUUUAUUUAUUUUAGAAUCGCUAAUAUUAUUAUUAGUAUGAAUAAAUUUAAAGAAUCUAGAGAAUCAUAUGAUAAAGCUUAUGAAAUUUUCAUUAAAUUAUUAGGUCCUGAUGAUUCAAUGACUAAACAAGUUGCCAAAUAUAUUUCAAGUGUGGCAUUAUAUGUUGAAUUUAUGAAUAGACAACAACAAGAAGCUCAAAAGAAAGCUAAAUCAAAUGGUCAUAAUCAUUCUCAUGGUAAAGUUAAAGUUCCAACUGCUUCUGCCACCACCACCACCACCAAUACUGCUUCUAUUUCUGGAGGUGUUAAGAAUGGUAAGAGAUCAAAGAAACAAAAUUCUCCACCUCAACCAAAUCCAGAAAUUGCUAAUCAAUCAGUUGAUGAAAUUUUGAAAUUCAUUGAAGGUAAUAAUGGAUCCAAAAGUUCUAAGAAAUCAAAGAACAAGAAAUAA